CUCAUUCCUGCUCCGGUCGUCACAACCGCUGGCUGAUUCAUACACGGAACCGUCUGUGUGUCCAUCGCAUACCCGCAGACGUAUGCAGAAGCGUUAUGAGCCCCAGCGAUCCCAGUCCUCAGACGGGCCGAGUGCGCAAACGCGCUGCAGAGGCCUGUGCUUUCUGCCGUCGGCGCAAGAUCAAAUGCAGUUCAGAAAGGCCCACGUGUGCCGCCUGCAAAACACACGGGACGACAUGUAGCUACGAGAACGCUGACGAUGCCCGUCAACCAAAGUCUGCACGGCGGGAUUAUACACCUGGCCAUCUCAGUGAUGCAGUAACAGCAUCGGCAUCGACACAUCCGCUUGCAGUCCCGGUUAGAGAAAGGCUCUCGCAUCACUCAGUUGAGCGUGAGACCCCACCAUCAAACAGUGUCUCGCGUAUCGUCACAGCGAAUGGCAUGUCCAGCUACCAUGGACGCACAAGCACAUUAUUCGAUGAAAACGCCGAUAGGUCCACUGUUGAAAGGCGUCCUUCGAUGCCAGAGGAAUGGGUUGAGAAGGGACUGCUUGCCGAAGCUACUCGGCAACGUCAACUGGAGGACUUCCACUUUCGCAACAAAACCCUCGACUUCGAUGGGGUUGAGCCUGAACUUGGUAUGCAUUUGUUAUCAUUGCAUUGGAAUCGACAGCACCACUCCUUUCUUAUCACUUACCGGCCUGCUUUUAUGAGAGACAUGGCCUCUGGAGGUAAAGGACCGUAUUUCUCAAAAUUGCUACUCAACGCGAUCUACUUUGGAGCAUCUAAAUUCAGUCCUCGCCAUGAGGAGGUUAGACGAGUGCCUAAUGACGUACGCACUGCUGGCUGGAAAUUCCGUCAACGCGUCCGUGAACUCCUUGGGGAAGCGCUAGAAAAAUGCGAAAUCACCACUAUCCAGGCAUUACUCGUUAUGACUAAUUCGCUUUUCGCCCUUGGAGACGAGCGUAGUGCUGCCUGGGUAUACGCCGGCAUCGCCUUUCGCAUGAUAGUCGACCUCGGGCUACAUGUAGACACCUUAGCCCUUGCAAGUACUGGUACACGCAAGAUUUCGGAUGAAGAUUACGAGAUCCGACGACGCGUUUUUUGGGCAGCUUUCGUUGUCGACAAAAUCCAGAGUCUGUAUCAGGGUCGUCCUGUUAGCAUUAAAGAAUCUGAUACCCUGGUACCCAUCAAGUUUCUCGACUCGUAUGAGGAGCUCGAACAAUGGGCACCUUUUGCUUACUCAGCCCAAUCGAGCGCAUAUCUAGGCUCCCCAGCAUACAGCGUAUCGACCUUCCGCCAGCUCUGCAUGCUCUCCAUCAUUCUAGAGGAUAUUUUGAGUAGUAUAUACACCGAGAGAAGCCACGUUACAAGUCCAGGAGAUCUUUCCUCUAAGUUACAAAAUAUUCAUGAAAAGCUUACGUCGUGGCGGAGUAGUCUUCCCACACACCUUGCGUUUGACACGGCGAAGACAUCUGCCAUACCGCCUCCGCACGUAUUGAGCCUACAUGCUAUGUACAACGUGCUAACAAUCCUUCUUCAUCGGCCGUUCGUCACCGACGGCCACUUGUACAACACUUCCCGGGCGAUCUCCAUCAACUCGUUUAUGAUAUGUGCAACGGCAGCAGACAGCAUUGUUCUGCUUCUUCGUGCCUACGAUAAAGCUUUCAGCGUAGGUAGAGCUCCAUACUUGAUAUCAUACGCUACCUAUGUAGCUGCAACGAUUCAUGUACGAAUUGCUGCAAAGCGAGGAGCGAGUUCGCAUGCUCGCAGUAACCUGGAAGCAUGCCUGGAUGUAUUUCGGAAAAAUGAGGAAACCAACUGGGCUGUACGCAGAGCAAAUGCCAUCGUGCAGAAUCUUAUGAGGAGACUCGGUAUAGAGAGUUCACCUCCAGAAAAGUUGGGUGAUGGGAUCGCAACCGGAAACACUCGGGAUAGUCCGGAUGUAUCAGCAUACCAAUCGAUAGGACGAGAACAGAGCUUGCAGAGCCUUGACAUCGACGAUAUCAUACAAACUUUCAUAAAGGAGCAGGAAAGCUUUCAACCAACACAAUUGCCAUCUGAGAGUCGCAACAGUUUUGGCGACAUACACCCGCCAGCAACAACACGAUAUAGCACGUUUGUCGACAACUCUGGAGCUCAUACCGGACAAGAAAACGGUUUCGACAUACCAAACACCUAUCAAGGAAAUCCAUAUCCAAUGCCUGCAGGUGCUUCGGUAACGGUAGAUGACCUCUUGUACGGUCUGAAUGGCUCCGCCAUGGACAGUUUUGCCUUCCUGGACUGGGACCCCGCAGCGUAGUGAAAGUAUGUGGGUUCGCGGCAUCAUGUGGGAGGCGACGGAACAGGGCCGCGGCCGAUCUUCGGUAUCGGUACCAUUGGGUCCCAUGUCCGCGGCAAAACUCCGGUCCACGGAAGUGCGUUCAUGAACUACUCACGGCAGCACGGCUCCUCCGUUCGACAUGUGGAUCGGAAUGCAACGCG